AGCCCAGCACUUUUCUUCUGACAUCUGACAUUACAAACAUUUGCAUUUAAUUUUUAGGUUUACUUUCGUAUAAAUAAAUAUAAAAUGACUACAGAUAUAAAAGUUGGAUCUCUAGAGGAAGAAGCUUUAAAACGUAAAGAACGUUUACGUGCUCUCAAAAGAAAAACAGAUCAAGAAUCUAGCAGUGCAAAUAAUUCAUCAAUCAGUGAAAGCUUACCUAAGCCCAUUUUCCGGAGUUACAAGCCCCAAGAUGAGCAGCUACAAGAAAACACAAUACCUGAUACUAAACCUUGUGAUAUCGAAAGCGAAGUCCAAGAACAAUUGGAGUCUGCAAAGACUGCUCAAACUUUAAUAGAAGACUUAGAUAUAACUAAUCUAGCACCUAGGAAACCUGAUUGGGACUUGAAAAGGGAUAUUGCAAAAAAAUUAGACAAACUUGAGCGAAGAACACAGAGGGCUAUAGCAGAACUGAUUAGAGAAAGAUUAAAAUCAGGAAAAGAAGAUUUAUCAACAAUUGUGAAUGUGGCUGCUAUAACAAAUGAUAAAGCAGCGGACGUAGAUGAAGAAUAAAUAAAACUUGUUUUAAUAAAUU